AUGGCGUCUAUUAGUCACCAAAAUGAAAUUUUAUCUUUACUAGAUGAGGGGAGAUCUCUAAAGAGCAAACUCACAUUUAGCACAUUAUUGGAAUCCCUAACUAUGGCUAAAUUUGUUAUUUUUCUUGUUGGGUUCUCUGAGGGUCUUACUCAUUUAGCUGCACUGGCUAUUUAUUAUUUAUUCAAAGAUGAUUUAUAUCUGUCACCAGCAGGAGUUUCCGCAAUUUUUGCAAUACCUGCACUUCCUUGGUUCUUAAAACCACUAUUUGCAUUUUGCAGUGAUUCAGUACCUAUUAAAGGUAUGAGACGAAAGCCGUAUCUAUUAAUUUUCUCAACAUUGGAAAUUAUUGGUUUUAUCAUGCUUGCAACUAUGCCCAACACAGUCCUUGCAGCUGCUACAAGUCUAUUUCUUAUUUCUCUAAGUGCAGCUUUUUGCAGUAGUAUAGCUGAAGCACUCGUAGUACAAACUUCAGACUCAAGUAAUGGAGUUGAAACUGUCUCAGAUUAUUUCGGGUCUAAAGCUUUUGGUGCACUAGCUACAGCCUAUUUUUCAGGAUCUCUAUUGGAAAGAUAUAGCAAACAGGAUAUUUUUCUCAUAACAUCAUUUUUCCCUUUGCUAGUAUUUUUUGCUAGUUUAAUAAUGUAUGAGGAAGUUCACCCUAGAGCUACAUCAGUAAAACAAAAAUUACAAUCUUUGAUCGAAUUUCUCAGGAAACCAAUAAUUUGGGGUCCGGCAUUGUAUAUUAUGAUUUAUACAUCUGGUCCUGACUAUGAUGAUGCUAUGUUCUUUUAUUUUACCAAUAGAUUGGGUUUUUCACCAACUUUCAUGGGAAGCUUACGUUUGACUUAUGGAAUAGCUGGCAUUAUUGGCAUUAUACUAUAUCGUAUACUUUUGAGGAAAACUCCAUUCAGAGAUAUACUUCUAUGGACUACUCUCAUCUCAUUACCUAUAUAUGUAACUCCAUUCCUAUUGGUAACUGGGGUUAACCUAGAUUUAGGUAUUUCCAAUAGAAUAUUUGCUCUCUCUGGAGGAUUUCUUAUAGAAGCCAUUUCAGAAGUUCAGCUUCUGCCUUUAUUAGUUAUGACAACACAGUUAUGUCCCAAAGGUCUUGAAGGAUCUGUAUAUGCUGUUAUGAUGUCAAUAAGGAACCUUGGUACUGGAGUUUCCAAAGUACUCUCAGCUGGAUUGACAUACUCACUUGGUAUUACGUCUUAUAACUUUUCUAAUCUGGGACUAUUGAUAUGGUUAUGCGCAGUGUUCCUCCUUCUACCUUUGCUAUUUCUUCACUUGGUAAGUCUUACAAUCUCCCUUCUGAAUAUUACUUCAUCAAAUUGUAAAUAUAUAUAG